CUCGUCUCUCUCUCUCUCUCUCUCUCUCACUCUCAAAGCCUCCCAACAGACAAGCCAUCCCACCAUCAUAUAAAUAAACAAAGAGGCCCACCUCCGUAACAAACACCCCCUUCUCUCAUUUUCCUUCAGAUCUAAAAUAACUUACCAAAAACCCUAGGAAAAGGCCAAGGGGAAUAGCAGAAAAUUCCCACCCUCCGUUCAGAUCUCUCCCUCAUCAAAACCAGGAAUGGCCCAGCAGCAAGCCGCCGCCGGAUCUUGUCCAUCUGCUCAAGUGGUCGGGAAUGCAUUUGUCCACCAGUACUACCAUAUCUUGCAUCAGUCUCCGGAGCUUGUGUAUCGGUUCUAUCAGGAGAGCAGCAAGCUGGGACGUCCUGAGGCUGAGGGUGCGAUGAGUUCGAUCACGACCAUGCAAGCUAUCAAUGAGAAGAUACUCUCUCUUGACUAUGGUGAAUGUAGGGCAGAGAUAAAGACAGUGGAUGCACAAGAUUCAUUCAAUGGUGGUGUUCUUGUCCUUGUGACUGGAUAUUUGACUGGGAAGGACGAUGUGAAGAGGAAUUUUACGCAGUCUUUCUUCCUUGCCCCUCAAGACAAAGGCUACUUUGUUUUAAAUGAUAUAUUUAGAUACAUGGAAGAUGUUGCGCAUCCUGAGGAAAGUCAAGGGUUAGCUAAUGGCAUGAUACCCCCUCUAACACCUGACCAUGGGGACUUGUGUUUAUAUACAGAGCCUAUUCAAGCUCAGGAGGAAAGGGUUCCCGAACGAACUGCUACAUUGUCAGAGGAAGAACUUAAUGUUGAGGAAGUUUAUAAUCCUUCCGAUAACGAGGAUGGUUCGGUUGUUGAAGAAGAAGCACCAGUUGCUGAGGUGGUUGAUGAAAUUCCGACCGAGGCCGAGGUGGAUGCUCAGGUAGUGGCUGAUCCUAGUUCCAUUGUCCAAGAAGAAGUGCCUAAGAAGUCAUAUGCUUCAAUUGUGAAGGUUAAGAAAGAGAGUCCGGCGCCUUUAUCAGUUCCUGUGCCUGCCCCUGUGAGGUCUAUCCCUGCAAAUCCAGAAUGGAAUGUUGCUCCCCUUCCGGCACCAGCUCCAGCGCCUGAAACACCCUUAGCCAAUUCAAAUUCCAAUGAAAAUGGCAGCGUCCAAGAAGAAGCUGAUGGUUACUCAAUUUACAUAAAAAAUCUGCCCUUGAAUGCCACAUCUGCCCAACUUGAGGAAGAGUUCAAGAGGUUUGGACCCAUUAAAAAUGGGGGAGUACAAGUUCGAAGCAAUAAGCAACAAGGGUUUUGCUUUGGUUUUGUGGAAUUUGAGGUUGCUGGUGCUGUCCAAAGUGCAAUUGAGGCAUCGCCCAUUACAAUUGGUGGUCGGCAAGCUUUUGUUGAGGAGAAGCGGGCUUCUGGUUCCCGAGUAAACAGCAGAGGACGGUUUCCAGCAGGGAGGGGGAGUGGCGGCUUUAGGAACGAGGGGAUGAGAGGACGCGGGAACUAUGUAGGUUCAAGGAGUUAUAGCAGGGGGGAUUUCAAUAACAGGGCCGAUUAUGUCAACAGGGGCACUGGCAGGGGGGGACCUGGUCGCGGAGGCGACGGAGGGUAUCAGAGGGUUGAUCAUAUGGGGAGUAACGGUGGUCGCGUGAAUCCCGCUGGUGGAUUGACCAUUAACGCCGCAGCCAAGACCGUUGCACCACGGGUGUCUGCUCCCGCUUGAAAGCCAUCAGAUAUGGGAGGCGGCGUGGCAGACCAUUGAAAUCCAUUUUGGUUCUUUUUUUCUUCCGGAGGUCUAUUUUUCGAGUGCUCGGGCGGCGGAGCCGUGUGGGGAUUCAGAGUCUUAAAGAUUCUUCUCUUUUGAUCUUGUUUUUUUUUUUCCUUUUCCGGUGUAGGUAGGUGGCUGCGAUAGUUAGAACACGGAUGGUGCUAGUUUGUGUUGUGCAGUAUACUAUGCCAUUUGUGGUCCAGGGAAAUUUCUCCAUGGUUUAUUGCCUUUCAUAAUUUUGGGGUUAGGCAAACACCUUUCCUUCAUUUCUUUUUUCAUAUUUGGAUCAUUUGAGUGUUUUGCUGUUCUAUUACCUUUUUCUCCAAGGUAAUGACUGUUGAAAACAUGGCAAUGGUUUGUUUCUCU